CACACACACACAACCACACACACACACACGUUCUCAAUUUAUUGUUUAGCUUAUCCCACAUUUUCUCAUCACUUUAUUUAGCCCCUCCUACACUCCCAAUUGAUUGUGUUUAGCUCCUCCCAUAAUCUCACUUCAUUGUGUUUGGCUCCUCCCAUAAUAUCACUUCAUUGUGUUUAGCUCCUCUCACAGUAUCACUUCAUUGUGUUUAGCUCCUCCCACAACAUCACUUCAUUGUGUUUAGCUCCUCCUACAAUCUCACUUUAUUGUGUUUAGCUCCUCCCACAAAAUAUCAUUUCAUUGUGUUUAGCUCCUCCCACAAUAUCACUUCAUUGUGUUUAGCUCCUCCCACAAAAUUUAACUUCAAUGUGUUUAGCUCCUCCUACAAAAUAUUACUUCAUUGUGUUUAGCUCCUCCCACAAUAUCACUUCAUUGUGUUUAGCUCCUCCCACAAUAUCACUUCAUUGUGUUUAGCUCCUCCCACAAAAUAUAACUUCAGUGUGUUUAGCUCCUCCCACAAUAUCACUUCAUUGUGUUUAGCUCCUCCCACAAUAUCACUUCAUUGUAUUUAGCUCCUCCCACAAUAUUACUUCAUUGUGUGUAGCUCCUCCCACAAUAUCACUUCAUUGUAUUUAGCUCCUCCCACAAUAUCACUUCCUUGUGUUUAGCUCCUCCCACUCUCACGUCCCUGUGUCUAAACUCCUAGCUGAACUUGAGAUAUAAAUUUAUCUUACUGACAGCUCAAAAUAGUGUCAUCAUGAUGAAGAAUCUGGAUAUGAGACUCCGCCCACCUACAUCCUAUUGUGGACCUUCUGCGGAAAAGCCGCCGCCCUUCAGUCCUAUUUAGUAAAGUCUGGCCCAACAUCAUCACCAUCUCAGAUAUGCAGAUGUAACCCAGAGUGGAAAUGGCGUCUUAUGGACUGAAGUCUGGUGUAAAGGCAGAUGUUCCUGAGAACAAACAAGACUACGUGACGCCCAGUAACUACGAGCUGGAGAAGCUGCUCUCACGCAGCACCGUAGCGUACACGCGCGUCAAUGAAGUCUGGACAAACAUCUUUAUCGGAGACGAGCAGACAGCGCGUAACCGGUAUGGGCUACAGAAAAUGGGCGUGACUCAUGUUUUAAAUGCUGCAGAGGGCGAGAGGAACAGUGUGUGCACUGGGGCCGGUUACUAUAGCGACAUGGACAUCGAGUACUACGGCAUCGUGGCAGAGGACAUUCCUUCAUUUGACCUCAGUCUGCACUUCUUCACUACAGCGGAGUAUAUGAGACGCGUCCUGAGUGAUGCACAGAACAAGCUGUUAGUGCACUGUGUAAUGGGACGCAGCCGCUCGGCCACGCUGGUCCUCGCCUACCUGAUGAUUGAGGAGAAGAUGACGCUGGUGGAGGCCAUCGAACAUGUGAAGAGCCACAGACAGAUCAUCCCUAACCGUGGCUUCCUGAAGCAGCUGAGGGAACUCGACGCCUUCCUUCUGGAGCAGAGGACCGCAGACACACACACACACACUGAGGACACGACUGAGAGGACUGAACAGUAACACCAAACAACACAAUAACACAAAAUAAUGUAGAAGGGUUCAGGGGUACAAGCUGCAUUAACCAGGAGUUUAUUAAUGAGUGAUAUUAUCAUUAACGUCCACAUGCUGGAGUCACUGCAGAGCUUCAUGUUCAUUCACUGAGUCACUGACCGACUCACAGACACACUGUAAAGAUGAAGCUGUACGAAGGUGUGAAUAAAUACUCAAAUAAACAUUUAUAUA